AUGGUGGGAGACUCUAUAUGUUGUUGCACAGACAAAAAGAAUAGUCGCGCCCGGGAUCGAACCGGGAACCUUCUCGGACCGUGUUUCGCGUGGCCUAAUGGUCAUGGCGUCUCGCUCACAACACGGUCCGAGAAGGUUCCCGGUUCGAUCCCGGGCGCGACUAUAUUUUUGUCUCUAUACAGUCAAACCCCCUUACUCUACUCCGUACUCUGCUUUUUAUUUUUGUAA